AUGACACUUCUUCUAACCUACAGUUUCACCAUUUUUGAAAACUUAGCUCUUAUUGUUGUCAAUAAAGUUUAUGUCUUUCUACAUACCCCAAUGUAUUUCUUUCUGGGGAAUUUCUCCUUUCUUGAAUUUUGCUACAGAACUAUAGUCAUUCCAAAAACAUUGUACAUUUUAAUAUCAGAGAUAAGGAUUAUUUUCCUCUCUAACUGUAUUAUCCAAUUAUAUCUGUUUACUUCUCUAGGAGCUACAGUAUAUAUGUUGUUAGCGACUCUGGCUUAUGAUCGCUAUGUGGCAAUUAGUUAUCCUCCUCGUUAUUCAGUCAUCAUAAACAGUAGCUUAUGA